ACAUCAGUUACGUUUACACGCAGCGCCAAACUGUCAGUUGAGAUGCCAGUUGAGGCUGUUAGCAGUCGAAGUCUGCAGUUUGCUCGUUUCUUCGCAAACCUGAGCGGAUGAACGGCGACAGGAGCGGCAGAACAGCGACUCAUUGAACCAAAGACGACGGAAAGACAGCCAUGGGAGGCCUGCUAUCCAGAUGGAGGAUGAAGCCGACCACAGUGGAGCAGCUGGAGAACCUGGACAAGGAAAUCAAAGAGCUGGAGGAGUUCAGAGCCAAAAACCAGCGGCUGCAGAAGCUGUGGGUGGGCCGGCUGCUUCUCUACUCGUCUGUUCUCUACCUGCUGACGUCUCUGGUCGUCUACUGCCUCUACCUGCCUGAGGAGUGGCUGCAGAGGAUCGCCAUGGCCCUGCCUUUCUUCAUCUACCCCGUCCUCGUUUGGUUCAUCAGGAAGUUGUUGAUUUUCCUCUUUUCCAAACGCACCGAGAGAAACAAUGAUAAACUGGAAGACCUGAAGGUUGUCAAAAAGAAGAUUCUGGAGGAGGUGAUGGAAACAGAGACGUACAAAAACGCCAAACUCAUCCUGGAACGCUUCGACCCUGAAGCCAAGAAGAAAGCUGAGCUGGAGUCGACUCCAGUGCGUUCUCCGAUGACUCCCAGACCCGGACAAGAACUUCGGCAGAGGGGCGUCCCGAUGAUGCCGAUGGGAACGCCGGCCGCGAUGGGAAUGACGCCGCCACCCGGAGCCCGGCCGAUGAUGGGCCCAGGAGGGACACCUGUGGAACCUGUUCCUCUCUCAGCUCCAGGAGGACCGCCGGAGAGAUCCGCUCUGUCGGCCUCCGUCCUGCAGGGGGCAGCACCCAGGACGCCCUGUUCCCCCAUACCUGGUGUAGGUCUACAUCCUCCAGGUCCUCCGCUAGCCAGACCCAUCCUCCCCAAAGACAGAGGAGCUGUGGACAGAGUCAUCGAGUACCUGGUGGGGGACGGACCGCAGAACAGAUACGCUCUGAUCUGCCAGCAGUGUUUUUCUCAUAACGGCAUGGCGCUGAAAGAAGAGUUUGAAUAUCUCGCCUUUCGCUGUGCUUAUUGCUACUUCUUGAAUCCGGCCAGAAAGACUCGUCCUCAGGCCCCCAGACUGCCAGAGUUCAGCUACGAGAGGAGGCUGAGGGCUGAGUCCCGCUCCCCAGGACCAUCACCUCGUUCUGGGACGGACACGGAGGAGAGCGCGCCCCCCUCUGGAGAUGAGAAAGAGAUCGGAGAUGACGAGGGACCCGUGAAGGAGGCAGAGAGCCAAUCAGAGGAGCCGACACAGCAGCAGGAGGAGGAGGAAGAGGAGGUCCAGGAGGAGGAAGAGGAGGAGAAGGAGGAAGUCCAGGAGAAGGAGGAGAAGGAGCAGAUCCACAGCGACUCCUGUGAACCUGAAUCUCAGCCGUCGUAGCUUCAGAGACGAAGGAAGGACGAGUCGGAGCAGAAGGCGUUGGUCAGAGGAGGAAACACUGAUGGAUUAGUUUGAGUUAAAGGUGGAGAAACACUGGAGUUUAUUUAUACAGGAAGUCCAGAUCCAGUCAGAGAAAGUUUAUUCUGGAGCAUCUCAUCAAACAGACGCUGUUCAGAGUGGUUUCUAAGUGAAAUCAGAUCAAACUGUUCAGGCAACGUGAAAAAGAUAAACACAGAGCUGACUGAUAAAAACAAAACAGAACAACAAAAACGACACACAGAACAACAAGUAAGACGAAACACAAAAUGACAGAAGUAAGACAAAAACACGAGCAAGACAGGAAACACAAAAUGACAAAAACACGAGACAAACGACGAGUUGGACAACAAAGAAAAAACAAAAACAAGACAAAAUAUUACAGAGAUGAGACACAAAAUAACAAAAAAUAAGAAACGAGACAGAAAUAAGACAAAUUUACAAAGCCACAAAAACGUACACAAAUGAGACCUAAAGGAAACAAAGCAACAAACACCAAAAAUGAAACAUAAGGCAAAAACCAACAGAAACAUGACAAAAUAUUACAAAAGAGACACAAACAACAAAAACGAUACACAAAUCAACAAGUAAAGCAAAACACAAAAUGAUACAAAUAAGACAAAAAACACAAGCGAGACAUAAAAGUAAUAGAAAACGAGAAAAACAAGACGAACGACGAAGUCAGACAAAAAACGACAAAAUAUUGCAAAAAUGAGAAAAAUGACACGAAACAAAAGCGACAGAAAUUAGACCAAAGAAGUUACAAAGCAACAAAAAAAUUGUCAAAAAUUACAUGAAUGACACAAACAAGACAUAAAGGAAACACAAAACGACAAAAAGAGAAACAAAAUAUUACAAAAACGAGACGCACGAAAGAAAACCGAAGAGAGAAAGUUAGACAAAAGUUGUGACAAAAAUGACAAAACACGUAAUAAAGUCUAAUAAUUCAAAUACAGUUCAGGCAAGUUGAAUAAAAUGAACACAGAAGUGAUUAAAACAGAUCACGUAAGAUAAAAGUUAAAUACUGAAACCAGAGUCCUUCUUUAUAACAGCUGUCACACAGGAGUCAUACACGGAGAAUCUGAAGCUGCAUCACCAUUAUUGGUCGAGUUUAAACUGAAAAUCAGCUUCUUGUAAGAUCUGCUGUACCAGUAUUAUGGGAUGCAGCAGUAACAGAACUGCAGCUAAUACUACUGGUAGUAAAAACUCAGGAGAGACGGCGACAAGGUCAACAUUCAUCCAAGUCAUUUCAUAUUUAGUGUCUGCUCAUACCCAGUCCCAGUCUGGUGCCGCUUCCCUCAUAAUACACACUUCAGCUACUUUAAAGUCUCUACAUCCAGUUUAUCUGCUGACUGCUAAAUAUCUGCAACGUUUGAAGAAAAAACAACUGAACUUCUGCCUCCAGUCGGUUCCUUAAUGUUCUGGAGCUGGAACCCUGUGGGAAAGCUCCAGUAGAACACUGUCUAAAUGUAGUAUGAGAGGGUAAAUGUGGUACUAGAGGGUAAAUGUAGUACUAGAGGGUAAACAUAGUGUUAGGGGGUAAAUGUGGUACUAGAGGGUAAAUGUAGUACUAGAGGGUAAACAUAGUGUUAGGGGGUAAAUGUAGUACUAGAGAGUAAACAUAGUGUUAGGGGGUAAAUGUAGUAUUAGAGGGUGAAUGUGGUAUUAGAGGGUAAACAUAGUGUUAGGGGGUAAAUGUAGUACUAGAGGGUAAACAUAGUGUUAGGGGGUAAAUGUAGUACUAGAGGGUAAACAUAGUGUUAGGGGGUAAAUGUAGUAUUAGAGGGUGAAUGUGGUAUUAGAGGGUAAAUGUGGUACUAAAGGGUAAAUGUAGUGUUAGAUAGUAGGAUGCACUGAGGCUCCAUAAAAUCUGUUUUCUCUCCGUGACGUCAGUAAAUGUAGAUCAGCUGUAGUUCCUGGUUGUUCCACCAGGUGGAGCCUCUUCCUGUUUAAUCCUGUAAAGACCAGAGGAGGUUAAAGCAGAGAGCAUUGUGGGAGUUUAGCAGCAACGGGCACCAUGACAACGACUGCUGUUGGUUAAUGAGCUCCAAGCAGACCAACUGGGAUCGACCAGGACAAAGCUGUGUUUGUUCUCAGAUCAUGCGGCGAUCAUUUGUGAUGAUUAUUUAUUAGGACGUAUUUCAUAAUCAGCAUCCUGCUACAGCUUAGGCUCUGUUAACGACGCCUGUGUGACAGCAGACAUAAAUAAAAGAUCAAAUCAGUUAAAAACACCUCAAACAUCUUUAAAUCCAACAUACAUACUUCUUGUUUAGUCCUGAACUCGUCUGUCGGUUUUCUCUAAAAUGCCUCCAACAGUUUGAAGGUUUCAGAAGUUUGAGUCUGGCUUUACGUUCACGUUGCUCUGAUACUUCAGAUUUAAAGGAACUUUUAACGCAGCUCUUUGAUUUGUUCAUAGGUUUUAUUUUUUACAUUCACACGAGGUUCAUCCUGAAAUCUGAACCUGAUGUUCGACAAAGUACAACAAGAAUGGAGAUCAGGUUGGACCAACGUCAGCGUUGACCAACCUGAUCUCCAUUCUUGUUGGAGUUUCUGUUUCCUAAAUCAUAGCAGAACCAGUGUGAGAAGUUAAAAGACUUUGUACUGACGUUAUAAAUGGAAUAAUAGAGUGAAAGUAGGUGAUAGCAGAUGAUCUUCAUGGUGUUAAACUGACAACACUCUGCUCAGAUCAGCUGGAAAUAAGGACGUCUGGUAUUAGAGUGAAUAGUUCUGAAUGUGUAGCACAAACUGAUCGCUUUUUUCUGAAAAAUGAACUAAACACAGAAUCUGACGACAUCUUUAGAGUGUUUUUAAGAGUUCUUCAAAGUGAGAAAAAACUUCCAAACAGAAAUGCUGCAGAUGAAACAGCAAACGGCUCAUAUUUACAUGUAAAAGCUUCUCCAUCUUCCUAAUCUCUGCAGAGUUUCUGUGUUUCGUUCUCUUUUCUCGCUGUUUCCAGCGUUUUCCUGGAAACAGAAUGCAGAUUCACGACGUUCAGAAAAUGAGUUUUACUGACAUGAAUGUGGGGAAAGUGAUCAUUUAGAUGGAUUAGUUGUUUUUAUUAAUAUGUUAGAGGUAGCAUUUGCCAAAUGCAGUUUAAUAUUAGUUAUAGGAACUGACAAAACUGAACCUAGAAGAAGCUCAAACUGCCAGUUUGUCCGCCUGGUCGUUGCCAGUCGUCGUUCUCAGCAGAUCUUCAUUUGCCAAAUGCUUUCUGUUUGAUCCGUAUUUCCUGACUUCAUUCAUUUGCACUGUUUUUUACUCUUUUUUUUUUUUAUUUAUUUGGCCUUGUUGUUUUUUUAUUUCGUGCUGCUGGUUGGAACAUUUAGACGUGAAGUCAGGUCUGAAGGUUUAGUUUUGCUUCUGUAGCCUUUGUUAGCAUCGGUUCACAGAUUUAACAGUUUUCUGCUCAAUUCUUAGAUUUAUUUUAUAUGUUUGCAGUCAGUGCCACCAGAGUUUGUGCCUCAGUUUACUGCUGGAAUAUUUAUCAUUUUACACGUCUUAUUUAUAGAUUUGUAGUCUGUUUGUCAGCACUUACAUGUAGUGCUCAUGAUUUAAAAAAAUGUCUAUGCAAAUGUAAAUAUGUGGUCGCCUGAGUUCGAGAGCUCUGAGGACUGAACUACGGAACAGGAUUCAUAAAUCCAGACUUUCUUUGAGUUAGUUGGAUCAACAAAACCUAAAAAUCAGAAAUGAAGAGCAAAACAUUCUUUGUUCAUCAGGUUUUCUUCUUCAGGAACGGGUUGUUCUAAUGGAGAUCCAUGAAGAAUAAGAUCAGUUAAAAAGCAGCACUGAUGCUGUGAAUGAUGCCAGAGAUUAAUGCUGUAAGUUAAUAAAGUGACUCUGAGCUGCACGUUAAAGCUCAGAAACCUUAAACUUCUACAUUUAAACAACCUGAUACUGUCCCAGAGGAAGGAGACGAGGAAAUCAGUUUAGUUUCUGAACAAAUCCUGGUGAAAUCAAUGUUUCUGAUUGAUAAAUAUCAAUAGACUGAUCAAUUUUCUGAUCUGUGUUCAAAUCGGACCAGAUAGAAAAACAUUUGUGUUUAAAAUCCCCGAUGAUGAACAGAACCUCGUCUGGAGCAGGUUAGCUCCACAGCAUCAGUUACCAUGGAGAUCUGGCUCCACAGCAUUAGUUACCGUGGCGUUCUAGCUCCACAGCAUCAGUUACCAUGGCGAUCUAGCUGUGCAGUAUCAGUUACCGUGGCGUUCUAGCAGGUUUACGACAUUGAAACUCUGACUUCAGCCUCAUCUAACCUGCUAACUCGGUGUUCCUGCUUCGUAGCUCCGCCCUCUGAUUCCAGAAACGGAUCCAGGAUAAAGUGAGAGAAAAAAAUCAGGUGAAGUUUACAGACAACACAUUAAAUCCUGUUUAGUGUGAAUAGAUUUAGAUUCUUACUCUGAUCCUGUAAGAGUUUCUGAUUUGUUUUUGACGCUUCAAAGUGACUCAAUCGUCUGGCAGAAGUUUGAAGAAGUCAAAGCUGUGCUGAACGUUGUUGGAGUAACGCUGCCUGCUCUGGUUUACUGACUACAAUAUCGACAAGCUGUUUGUCCCGAUAAUAAACGCUGGUGAUGAAAAUCAAACCAUAAUGUAAUAUUUAAAGGAUCCUCAUUGAGAAAACCUGUCCUCUUUCUUUGCUUUGCUUGAUUUAUCUGCUGCAUUCCAGCCAAUGCUGUUUGUCAUGAAAUGUGUGCAUGGCACGCCCAAUAAAGUUUUUCAAAGUUGA